AUGCUUAACGAAGCGGGUUUGACCAACAUGCCACCCGAGAUGGCCGAGCUCGUCCUCAUGCUGACCGAGGGCAUGACCGAGAAGUUGGGCCAGGGGGGCCGCCUACCCCUGGACAGGCAGAACUUGGGGUACCUGAUCUGCGAGGCCAAGCUGCUCCUCAGGUGGCACGGCUUUGGCACGACGGUCAAGACGCUCUUGAUCCCCAAGCCAGAGAACGAGACGUACCUCAAGGUACAGAACCUCACCGUGGCCAUUGUCAAGGACGUGUUCUCGCAGCUCACGGACUACGUUGAACGCAGGUUCAUCGAGGGGUGGUACGCUGCCCCCGCGAAAUACGUCCUCCAGCGUCUCGAGGUUGCGGUGACGAUACUUGCGCGGGACCCCAGCCAGAAAGGAGUUGAUGCCGCCCUGGAGUCCCUUUUCCCAGGCGUCGUGAUCGAGGUGAUCCAGCGCAUUGCCCGCGGAGAGUGCGUUGACUUGAAGCUGUUGAUGUCAUCCCUCGACAAGGACGGCGACGGGGCGCUCGGGAUCAACGACGAGGCCCCGGACCUCGUCAGAUUGGUCAUGGGGGCCUGCCAGCACACGAAGGGUACAUGCCCCGCGAACGCGGAGGUCCAGAUGUGGAAAGCGUUACACGCAGCAGAUUUCAGCCCGAAGGAUGGGCGCAUCACGGUGGAGGAGUUCCGGGCGGUGGCACAGGCAGUUCAGACGCUCCUGCAGGCGCAGCAGCAGGGCGCGUCGGGGGUCUGCGGCGCUGGAGACGCGGCGGGGCUGCUGGACGUAGCCAAGGACGUCCUCGACGCGGACGGCGACGGCGGCGUCGGCGCGCAGGAGGCGGCGGACGCGGCGAGGGCGCUGCAGGCGGACGACCUCGGCCCGACUAUGCUGUCGUUCUUUGAUGCCUCUCGCCUCGCGGGGUGCACGUCCGGGGCGCACCAGUUCUUCCACGAAAAACGUCCUCUGUCCAGCAACUAUCGGUUCUGCAAGAUCUGCUGGCCGGACGAACAACCUGUUGUGCUCAAUGUGAAAACUCUCAUGGACUCAGGCUUCAUGCCGUCAAUGGAAUAUGACGGGUGCGUGUGGCAGGAGAGCUCCACGGGCUCCAUGCUGCGGCAUCUGCGGCGUUUUCACGCCGACGAGAUCCCGGAGAGUCUGCGCGAGCACCCCCGCGAGGAGGGUUGCGCCGUGCGGCGUGUGGACCACGACCUCACCCGGGAGUGGGCCGUCAUCAUGGUCAUCAAAAACCUGAUUCCCGUGCGUGUUGCAGACGACGCCCGGGACGGGAUCACCCGCUUGAGCCAGCUCGGCGGCCGCUCUGUGAUGACGCAGGAGGUCGGCCGCACCAUCGACGGAAUUGUUGCGGAGUCCAGGGCCGCUGUGCGGGCAGCUGCAGAGAAAGGAUGUCGUUUUGCUAUCGGAUACGACAGCUGGAAGACAAAAGGUCUCUGUCCGAAACAUUUCAACGCCAUCAUCGUCGACUGGUGCGACCUGGAAUUCGAACGCCACUCGGUCGUCCUCGAGGUGUUCCACAUGGUCGGCCGUAAGAAUGCUGCCUCUUACAAGUCAAUGUUGGAGAAAGCUCUGGCUGCUGCCGGCCUGACGCCAGACCACAUCGUCUGCGGGCUGUCCGACCACGAAGCGGCCCCGCGAAAGGGCAUUCGCGACUUGGGCUUGAACGCCCUUGGGUGCGGGUGCCAUCUGAUUCAGUUGGCGGGAAAGCACAGCGUCCCGCCAGCGAGGCCGAAAAAACGUCACGCCAAGGUCAUGGAGCCUGUGUGUAAAAAAGCUCGUUCCAUUGUGAAAUACUACCACCGCAACGGCUCCGAGUACGACGCCUUGGUUUCAGACGCGGCGUCCCAGAGCCCGCCCGUGCCGACUUGCGCAUUCGCGCAAGAAGGCGAGACUCGCUUCUCCGGCACCCUGUUGUCCUGGGUCUCCCUGAUCAAGAACGCCAGGGCUCACAACCUCACUCGCGGCCUCCACCCCAGGCGCUCUGCCCCAGAGCCCCUGGACGAGCCCAGCGUCAGGGAGCUCGUCGACAUUUGUUGCGCCAUGGGGCCGCUCCUGACGGCGACGCGCACCCUCGAGGGGGACGCCAACAAGGGCACCAUUUCCUUGUUUCUCCCUGUUCUCCAUCAGACGCGCGGGGUGCUCGUCUUCAUGGGUGUCUUCAUGGGGCACGCGCUGGAGGUAUUCGCGGGUGGCCAGGAGAUUGGAUUCUUCACUGCAUUAGACCCUAUGCUCCGGUGGGCAUUUGCGGUCGCAUUUUGCCGCUUUUUCAAGUAUGUAAUAUUUGAUUACCAAGCAGAGUUCAACAUGAACUUGCGUCGCCACGUUGUCGACAACUUGGCCAUCGAGACUUCGCCAGGCGACGCAGCGCCCAUGUGUCCCCGAGACAGCGCCGACAUGCAGAGGCUCUACGGGGUCAUGUUUUACGAGAGGACGGAGGCUUGUCACGUCCUGGCGAAAUACUUGUUCAAAGUGGAUGACCGGCCGACGGUCUCCCGCUUUUUCACAUUCGCUGAUGCGGUUUUCUGUUUGCUGCGCAGGAAAUUCUUGGGCCCCCCCCUCGCCGCGCUGAACGCUGGGGCGGCGGUGCCCCGCGCUUUCAAUUCCAUGCGGUUGAGCGCCGUAGUCGAAUGCCUGUCAGAUGCCGCCGAAGACAAGCAGGUUCGAACAAUAGCCGCCUGCCUGAGGCUCAACCUGGCGGCAGUCUCCAUUGCUCCCCGCAAAACCGGUCUCGGCGGUCGCGAAGGGGAGGGACCGUCUCUGGUGCAGCUGGGGAAGGGCGUCGUGCAGUCGCGUGUCGUUCACGAGUUCAAGAGUAUAUUGCCCGCCUUGGGCGCCGAUCUAGACCUCGAGAAGUUGGACUGCGUUGCCGGCCUUCUCGCGACGCUCGGGCACGUCUUUAUGCGUUUCCAUCGAUUCAAAACCUUCCCCACCAGGUCAUGGGCGCUUCGCAAGAAGUUGAACCCUGCGGCGUGCCCCCAGAAAUUGAAUUUCUUCAUCGAAGCAAAGUUCACGCCCUACAAGGCCCUCGCAACGAAGGAGCUCCCGUCAGCUCCCCCGAGGCCUCGAGGCCAGAGGCCCGGUGAGCCCGACGCGCCCGCGGCCGCUAGGCGCGAGAUCGCCCGCGCGGGCGACAUUGGCGCCCUGCGACUCCACCAGCAAGAGCACCGCGGCCGCCUCAAGCGAGAAGCCGAGGGCAUCAGGGAGGCCGCCAAGCAGAGACAGGGGGCAGCGGCCUUCCCGCACGCGAACGAAGAGUGGGCAGCGUGGAUGGAAAAGAACGACGCCUUGUGGACGGAGCCGUUGCGCGCGGCCACAGCGGGGAGGCGGGCGCUCAAUGCAAAGCAAGUGCCUCUCGGCGCUCUUCCGCCCGCUGAUCGGUUGCAGUCUGCGCCAGAUGGUGAGCUGGCGCACGUGUGGGCCAGGAAGAUAAAGGCCUGCGGCGCUGGGUUCUACGUGCUCGCCGGCCCCGCCUGGUCCCAGGACGACGAGCGGCGCUGGGUUCUCCGAGAGCGCCGCUUGCAGCGCUGGGCCCCCCCGCUGGCGCGGGAGCAAGGGCGUUCCUUUUAUAUUGACCUUCGGCGAGUGAAUGCCGAUUUCAAGCCGAUUGGGGACGUUGCGCUGGGCGCGAAGUUCACGGCGCCAGAGGAGUUGUCGCUGUCUGAGGCCGUCAUGGAGUUUUCAGAGGAGUCCGAGAAUGCUGUGGCCCUUCGCUUGAAGCAUGCAUUCGAAGUUCGCGACGCUGAGGGGGCUGGUGAUGUCCCCGACCCGGACCCCGACAGCAGCUCCGAAGAGGCGGAUGACGAAAGCGGGAAAGCGGCGGCUGGAACGUGGGUGACAGAAUCGAAUGGUUAUUUUAGCUACACCAACCACCCGCUGUUGCCGGACGUGAAAGUCCGCAGUUUGCCCCGGUGGUGCCAGGAACACGAGUUAGGCGCCACGCGCAUGAGCAAGACUGCGACCUGCCGCCAUUAUGGAGAAGACAAGAUGAACGGUCAUCCCAUAUCCAGCCUGGGCGACCGCCUGAUCAAGACAUGGACCAAGACGUUGGGACCAUAG